GUCAAUGUCACAGCAAUAUAAAUUAAAACUGCUUCUACAGAAUUGUAUUGUGUGUUAUGAAAUGCAAAUGCCAGUGUCAGCAUGAAGAAACCCAAGUGUCAGUGGAGCAUCCUUCACGUCACACGGACGCCGGUGAUGACGAACGCAGUCACCGCCUCACGAGCUUACUCACGCACCUUUCCCUCGUUCCUCUUCGGCACCGCGCGACGCUCGCAAGGAUGAUGCUGUCGGAUGCAAGAUCUGAGUAGUGCAACUCAAUAAGAGACUGGUACAGCUAGGUUUGAACGCACAAUAAAAGCAAUAAAAGUGUGAGGACCCCCUAAACCGCUCGAUAGACUUUUUUUUUUAAUUUACCGACAAUUCACCCAGUUCCAAACUCUUAAACAUUUUUUUUCUUCUUGUUUUUACUUAUGUCCCGCAAAUCCACCGACAAUGACUACAACCUUCGUAGCAUGAACAGUCUCAUGGGCGAGCGGCGAAAGCGAGCGAGCGAUGGUGGAGAGCGGAGUCUCAUCAAGGCUCCGUCCAGCGCAAGCAUCAGCAGCCAGGGAGCCUCCGCUGCCUCCGCCGCUUCCACCGGGGACUUGGAGCGAGCCGCCCGCAAGCAGUUCCAGCAGGAGGACACGCCGGCCUUCGUCCACGUCUUGGCGGUGUUCUCAGCGCUCGGGGGCUUUUUGUUCGGAUACGACACCGGAGUGAUGUCUGGGGCGAUGCUUCUUCUCAAGAGGGAGAAGAACCUCACCGUCCUGUGGCAGGAGCUGCUGGUGUCCAGCGCUGCUGCGGCCGCCGCGCUGUCCGCUCUGGCAGGUGGAUUUCUGAACGGGGUUUUUGGACGGAGAGUGUGCGUCCUGCUUGCCAGCUUCGUGUUUUUCGUUGGCGGAAUAGUGCUGAGCUCCGCUCCCAAUAAAGAGGCGCUGCUUAUCGGGCGUAUUUUAAUUGGACUUGGCCUCGGUAUUGGCUCCAUGACUGUGCCUGUGUAUAUUGCUGAGUCUUCACCACCACAUCUGAGAGGACAGCUGGUCACCAUCAAUGCACUCUUCGUCACAGCGGGCCAGUUUGUAGCCAGCCUCAUCGAUGGGGCCUUUAGCUACGUGCGCCAUGGAGGCUGGAGGUACAUGCUGGGCUUGUCAGCGCUGCCCGCUCUAGUGCAGUUCCUGGGGUUCCUCUUCCUGCCGGAGAGCCCACGCUGGCUUAUUCAGAAGGGUCUGACCCAGAAGGCCCGCCGUGUGCUGAGCCAGAUCCGUGGCAGCCAGAACAUCGAUGAGGAGUACGACAGCAUCAAGAGCAGCAUCGAGGAAGAAGAGAAAGAUUGUGGUGGAGGGCGGCCAGUGCUUUGGUCUAUGCUCUCCCAUCCUCCAGCACGGCGUGCUCUCAUCGUGGGCUGUGGACUCCAGAUGUUCCAGCAGCUCUCCGGCAUCAACACGGUCAUGUACUACAGUGCCACCAUUCUGCAGAUGUCCGGAGUGCAGGAUGACAAGCUGGCCAUCUGGCUGGCCUCGGUGACCACGUUCACCAACUUUGCGUUCACUCUGCUGGGCGUGUGGCUGGUGGAGAGGGUGGGCAGACGCAGACUGACUCUGGGCAGCAUCAUUGGCACUUGUGUGAGUCUGUGCCUCCUGGCUGUGGGCUUCCUGCUGUCAGCGCAACAUUCUCCCCCUGUCACCCUGCACCCCAGCGAGCCCUCUCUGGCCAACUCCAGCUGCACCUCCUACCUGUCGUGCGAGCCGUGUAUGCUGGACCCACGCUGCGGCUUCUGCUACCAGCAGAACAGCACCGCUGUGUUCGCCUCCUCCUGCGUGCCAGUCAACCUGGCCUCCAGCGACAGAGCCUCGUGGGGCAGGUGCUCUAACUCAACCGAGGCAGCAGAUCCCAAUCUUUGGGCUUAUAAUUUCUGCCCGACGUCCUUCUCUUGGCUGGUGCUCCUGGGACUUAUCCUCUACUUGGCUUUCUUUGCUCCAGGAAUGGGCUCAAUGCCAUGGACUAUCAAUUCUGAGAUUUACCCUCUGUGGGCCAGAAGCACAGGCAAUGCCUGCUCAGCAGGCGUGAACUGGACCUUCAACGUGCUGGUGUCCCUCACCUUCCUUCAUGUAGCACAGUACCUCACCUACUACGGUGCAUUCUUUCUCUACUCGAGCUUGGCUCUACUGGGUGUCUUCUUCAUUUACGGUUGUCUCCCAGAGACCAAAGGCCGCCGGCUGGAGGAGAUCGAGUCACUGUUUGAGAGCCGUCUGUGCUCCUGCGGUGCCUCAGACUCAGACGAGGGCCGGCAGGUGGAGUACAUCAGGGUCAAAGGGUCAAAUUACCACCUAUCAGACAAUGAUGCCUCAGACGUUGAGUAACUGCACUGUGUAGCUCAGAGAGCGCCCCUGUGAAUCCUCGAUCUGGCCCCCGAUACAGGGCUGGUGAGGAGGGCGGAGAGAGAAUCAGCCUCAGUCUUCAGCCUCACCCCUACCCGACCCCGAUAGGUCCGUCUGUGCCAGUCAGGUUGCAUCCUACGCAUACAGUUGCCCACGUUGCUUGAAGGAAAACGGAGUUGGCAUGCAGAGCUCACCCAAGUACAGACACAUGCACACAAGCAUACACUCACAUGUAGUUCCCAACUUUUGGCUGAGUUUUCGAGUACACCGAGAUCUGUAGUACUGACAGAUGUUGUGUCACCAUUUUUGUGCUUAUUCCCAUAGUACGAGAUAUUUGCUGUACAAAACUUCAGUCAAAUGUCAGUCUUAUGUAUGGGUGGACAUGCUAAGCUAUCUGGCAAACAUUUUGCAACAGUGUGGAGUUCAUUUCUGUAAGCAUAGUUAGAGUCAAAUGUAAUCCAUGGAUAAUUUUCAGAGGAUGUGAUAACUGAAAUGUGUUCUAUGGUGAGCUGGGUGUAGAUGUGUCUUUUGCAAAUGUUAAGGCACUUAAAACUUGGAACAUACUACAUAUGGGUUGUAACCAUGUCUUUUGUCUUUGGCUUCAGUUCAAGACAGCCUCAUCAUCACAGGUAGGUUUUAGCAUAUUAGGGUGAGCUGAUAUGUUUUGAGCUUGGAGAGUAUUUUAGAUUGCCCAAGACAGUUUAUAGUUUAAUAGUGUGCAGUGACCUCCCUUAUAUUCUAUUCCAACCAUAUUUUCAUCAACUUGUCUCUUUCAACAGAUCAUGUCCCAUUGUGCUAAUAUGAAAUUGAGGUUUACCUUUUUUUCGUUUUCUUUUUGGGUCUUCCUCCAUAGCCGUAUGUACAAAUGGCAUUGCAUUAAAUAGCUCUUGUCCAUGUAACAAAGUGGGAAUAUUUGUUUCAAGAAGUAGCAUUAUAUACGAUGUUAUGUUUAAUAUUGUACUGCUGUGAGUAUACACCUUGGUAGUCAGGUACAUUUAGGUUUGUGCCAAGCUGACUUGUUGUGGCUGUGUGUGUAACAAAGCAGUCGAUAGACAGUGUAAAAGCGACAAUAUCAAGCAAACUAACACAAGUAAUUUUUUUUUUUAAAGAUAAGCUGUUUGAUGGCGGGUGACGUGAUUACACACAUCUAGCCUUUAUGUAUUAUGUGUUUUUCCUAACUGUUAGCACAAACAGAUACAUGAUUGUGUGUUCUUGUUUACCAUCAGAGUAUACUGAGUUUCCCCAAAGGGAGAGACACACUGUGGACCAAUGAUAUGUUAGUGUCUUUUUAAUCAGGUAUGCUCAUAAUGCUUCUGAUUAUGGCAUUAAGAUGAGAAGAUAAAUAAAGUAAAAUACAUUUCUGCCAGUUUUUUCAUGUUUUUGAAUGUACUUGACAAUGAAGGAUUCUCAGAGCUGACAAACUAUUGUGUUACUUUGAAGAGAUACAUCUAUUGUUUCUAGUGCAUUUUUUCUAUGUGUAAUUAUUACGUUUAUUAUCUAAAAAGUGUUUCUACAGGCAAUGCAAACCUAGUGAAUACAAAUAUAUGGAGUGUUGUACAGUCAAUUUGAUUAAUGUUGCGCUAAAUGUUUUGCUAGAUUUGUAUUCUAUAAAACUAAAUAUAUUCAUGACAUUUUAAACAAUAAAUCGUUUCAACCAAGA